AUGGAUAGCAAGCGGGUGGGAAUUGUCGGUGCAGGCGUGAGCGGCCUAGCAGCCUGCAAGCACGCCCUCGACAAGGGGUUCAGGCCAGUGGUAUUUGAGGCCGACGGAACCAUCGGCGGAGUGUGGGCACACACCUUGGAGUCGACGAGGCUUCAGGCGCCGACGACCGCGUUCCGGUUCUCAGACCUGGCGUGGCCAGAGAGCGUGAGGGAGGCGUACCCAAGCCACCACAGGGUCAUGGAGUAUAUAAGGUCGUAUGCGUGUGCAUUUGACCUCCUCAAGCACAUCAGGUUCAAUAGCCAGGUGCUUGGCGUUGAGUACCUUGGUGCAGCUGAGGAAGAGAUCAUGAGCUGGGAGCAGUGGUCUGGCAAUGGGACAGCAUUCGGAGCGGUGAAGGGUGGAGGAUGGCGUCUCACGGUCCAGGAUUUGAGAGUCGGUAGCACUGAGGUUUUUAUGGUGGAUUUUCUCAUCCUGUGCAUUGGAAGACACAGUGGAACGCCUAAUAUCCCAGAAUUUCCAGUGAAUGGGCCUGAGUUGUUCAAGGGGAAAAUACUGCACUCACUGGACUAUUCUUACAUGGAUGAUGUUGCUCAGUUUGUUAAGGGGAAGCGUGUGACCAUAAUUGGCUCUGGUAAAUCAGCAUUUGACAUUGCCGCAGACGUUGCCAAGGUGAACGGUGCCACACAGCCAUGCACCAUCAUAUAUAGAACAAAGCACUGGCUGGUCCACAAGUCCAGCAUAUGGGGAGUUGACCUCAGUUACUUCUAUCUGAAUCGCAUCUCGCAGCUUCUAGUUCAUAAACCUGGUGAAGGAUUUUUACGUUAUAUGUUGGCCGCUGCACUCUCUCCCUUGAGGUGGGCGAUCUCUAAAGUAAUUGAAACAUACUACAAGUGGAGCAUUCCUUUACAAAAGCAUGGGAUGGUCCCUGACUACAGCUUCUCCUUUGCUAUGUCUUCAUGCUUGAUUGCAAUGCUGCCAGAAGGUUUCUAUGACAGGGUCGACAAAGGCAGCAUUAUUCUAAAGAAAUCUAAGGCAUUCAACUUUUCUAGUGAUGGAAUCAUCCUGCAAGACAGAAAUGAAACCAUAAAAAGUGAUAUUGUAAUUCUGGCAACAGGAUUCAGAGGAGAUCAGAAGCUUAGGGACAUCUUCACAGCAAAUUGGUGCAGAAGGAUAGUAGCAGGAUCACCGGAUACAGCAGCUCCUCUAUACAGGUACACCUUUGUCUGCAUAUUUGAAGUACCAAUCAACACUACAUUUGAUAUCAGAGCUGCAAUGGACAAGGGAGAACAUCAACUCCACAAAACUAGUGUACCACUUAGGCACUCACCAGUUAACAAGUUUGAAACGUGUAUUGAAUGA